AUGCCUGUGGCACUGAGGUCAAGAGUCAAGACGGAGGUAGAUGGCAAUGGAAGCUCAGAGCCGUCUAACUCGCCGAAACCGAUUAGUAGACGUACUAAGAGAAGAAAGCGGAACUCUGAGGAUGACCAAGACGAUGAUUUCGUGGGUUCAGAUGGUAAUUCGGCCUAUUAUCAUAGUGAUGUCGGCAAUAGUAGGCCUUUUGAAAUGGUCGGAGGAUUACCUAGCAGUUCAGAGAUCCCGCAAUACAACUCUGCUUUGGCACACCCACUAUCUGUUAAGGAUUCUGCAGUGCUAUACGAUUCCUUGGUCUCCUCAAGAAAGACGUGGGUCCGUGGUGAAAUGUUUGAAUUAUACUUUACCAAGCCAGUGAAGACGACUAAGGAUGUUCCAGUAAAACCAGAGACACCAGCCGAGGCAAUGAGCGUACAAGUGCGUGAUAAGAUGCAAAAAAUGUGUGAUUGCACCAUGUUUGGAGGCCCUCAUGCUUUCCCAGUGAGACUUUUUAUCCUCAAGAAUGAAGAGAUGGAGAAGAAGUGGCAAGAGGAACAGGAUAUGAAGAAGAAGGAGAAGGAGGAUAAAGAAAAAGAAGAGAAGGAAGAAAGGCAAAAACGUGUCGAGAUGAAGAAGCAGCAGCAAUUGCAAAAGAAGCAGGAGAAGGAGAGAUUGAUACAACUACAAAAAGAGAACAAAGUGAAAGGUAAAAUGGAGCUUGAAGCGGUAAAACAGAAGAGAAAGGAUGAAAUAAGGAAAUCCAAGGAGAAAUUGAAAAGAACACAAAUGAAUACUCCGGCACCUAGUUCUCAAUCCGGGACAGAUCCAAAGAUGAUUACAAACUUGAAUUUGAUGGCUCAGAGAGAUCCAAAGCUUAAUGCAUUGAUGGGGAUUGUAGCAAAUGGUGAUGCCACCUUGGAUCAGGUUGAAGAGUUCAAGAAGUUCAUUGAAAUUGCAAAAAAAAUGCCAACGCCUCCGGGCUGGACCCCACCACUACCUAGGUUAACAGAGCAGACCAGGGUACAAGGGCAAGAUUCCAAUGUCACGAAUGCUGGAAAAGCAACUCAAAGUGAAUCAUCAGCGGUCGACCCCGCUGACAAGAAGCCUACUGCCCACUCUGGCGUGAAGCAAGUUGUACAAGAGAAAGUUGAGAUUGCUGGAGCUGCCGUCAAGGCGGAACGGGAGAUUAAACAAGAAAUGGAUGCAAAGGCGACUCGUGAAAUAAAGGAAACGAUGGCGAAAUUGGAUGAUAAGUCUAUGCAUUUGACAACAUUUCAACAAAAGUAUUCACAGGGAGCUCAGAUCGUCCUCGAGUAUUUGGAGUUUACGACUUCUAGAUAUUUGCUGCCGAAAAAUUCCAUCGUUGAAUUUCUGGAGGAUGAAGAAACCUUCAUCGUGUCAUGGGUGAUGGUUCAUAACGCAGCAGAUAUAAGGCGACAUAAGUCUAAGAGGAUAAGAGAGCUUUGCAAAAAUUUGAAAACCGAAGACGAGAAGAAAAAGCUCGCUGAAGAUUAUGAUGUGCUUACAGAAAGAGGUUGUCCGACUCCUUUGUAUACCCCCAUGACUGUUAAAUUUACUGGUAUACAUCGGAAAUUUGCUGGGAUUCUUAGGAACAGCGUGGAUCCAGUAGAGCAAGUUCAAAAAGAAAUGACUGCCAUCUUAGAGAUCGGAACACGACUAUCUGGAUAUAAUCUAUGGUAUCAACUUGACGCGUAUGACGACAGAGAUCUGGCCGAGCGUCUGAGAGUUGAGCUUAACGAGCAUGAACAAGAAUCAAAGGGUAAGAAGAGAAAUUGA